AUGCAGGUAUUUCCUAAUAUGACUGAAGAUAUUUCUUUUCCAUAUGGGCAUAAUGAAACAUGUAACUGUAUGGAAUGCUAUAGCAUUAGAAAAACUCUUCAUCGUUCACGUGUUAAAAGACCACCAAAUUGUUUUCUUUUGUUUUCAAAGGAUAGAAAAAAACAUUUAAUUCGGGAGAAUCCAAAUAAAACAUUGCGAGAAGUUAGUACAAUGGUUGCAGAGGCAUGGUAUAAUUUGUCAAAAGAAGAAAAGCAACCAUACAUUGAUGAAGCUGAAAGAUUAAAAAUGGAAUUUCAAAAAAAAUAUCCUGAUUAUUAUUAUGGACCUAAUACUUUAAUGAAAACUAUGAGAACAGCUAAGCAUCCAAAACCUAAUGAAAUAGGAUUCACAAAAAAUAUGGUACCAAUAGUAGAGAAAAAAAUAAAAUUUGAAGAAAAAAAAGAAUAUCAUGCUAGUCAAAAUUAUGACCAAAAUAAUUAUUAUAAUUAUUCUUAUUAUAAUGAUUAUUCUCAAGUUCCGUCACCAAUACCACCUCCACCAACAUCACAAAUAACACAAAUGGAACACCAUUUGAGUUACUCUGAGGGUCAAUGUUAUGAUGGUUAUCAAAAUCAUGAAUAUCAAUCUCAAUAUAUGCCAAAUUAUUAUACUCCAUAUUAUGUAACAAGAAAUUCUAUAAAUGAUAAUUAUCAUUAUCAACAAGAUUAA